AUGAGUGCUCGUCUUAGAAUUAGAAAUGGACAACUUUCUUCAUUUCCCUUCAAAAUUCUCCCAUCAUUUCGACUUAGAAGUUUCUCUUCUCAAUCUCCCAAUGCUGCACUUGGAACACAAGAUACCGAACCAGAACCAAAAGCACCCGCCUUGGAUUUAGUAUCAUCAUCGUCAUCAGGUGGUGUAGUCUCACUUAACAAGAAAAUAACGCGUCUGAUUCGAUCGGGGAAUUUAGUAUUAGCCCUUGAAGUAUUUGAGAAAAUGCCUCUGAGGACAACAAUCACAUGGAAUUCAAUCUUGGCUGGGUUUGCGAAAGAGCCCGGUAAGUUAAGAGAAGCUCAGGAACUGUUUGCGAGAAUGCCUGACCGAGAUACUUUUUCUUACAAUCUAAUGUUGUCGUGUUAUUUACGUAACGGUGAUGUGGAGGCAGCCAGAAAUCAUUUUGAUCAGAUGCCUAUUAAAGAUGUUGCUUCUUGGAAUACUAUGAUAACAGUGUAUUCUCGGAAUGGGAUGAUGAGGGAAGCCAAAGAUUUAUUUUUGGCUAUGCCAUUGAAGAAUGGUGUGAGUUGGAAUACGAUGAUAUCAGGAUAUGUUGAAUCAGGGGAUCUCGAAUCGGCUUUGGAACUGUUUCGGGAAAAUCCUGUGAAGGAUGUGAUCUCAUAUACGGCAGUUGUGACAGGGUGUAUGAGGUCUGGUAAGGUUGAAAUGGCAGAGAAAUUCUUUGAAGAGAUGCCGGUAAAAAAUUUGGUGACUUGGAACUCCAUGAUUGCAGGAUAUGUUGAAAAUGGGAGAGGUGAAGAGGGCUUGAAGAUGUUUAAAACAAUGAUUGAAGUGGGGAUUAAGGUGAAUGAGUCAAGCUUGAGCAGUAUUUUAUUGGGAUGUAGUAUUUUAUCAUUUCGGAAGUUGGGAAAGCAAGUCCAUCAGCAUGUUGUUAAAUCUCCUUUGUACUUGAAUACUACAGUAGGAACUUCUCUGAUUAGCAUGUAUUGCAAGUGUGGAGAUUUGGAGGAUGCAUGUAAGUUGUUCCUUGAGAUGCCAAAAAAAGAUGUGGUCUCUUGGAAUGCUAUGAUUUCGGGGUAUGCUCAGCAUGGGGAUGCGGAAAAAGCUUUAGGAUUGUUUGAUAUGAUGAGGAAAAAAGGAAUGAAACCAGAUUGUGUUACGUUUGUAGGGGUUUUAUCAGCUUGUAACCAUGCUGGUCUAGUUGAUUUUGGGAUCCAAUAUUUUGAGAACAUGCAGAACGUAUAUGGAGUUAAACCCCAACCAGAUCACUACACUUGCAUGGUAGACCUCCUAAGUAGAGCCGGUAAGCUUGCCGAGGCCAUGGGAUUGAUUAAGAAAAUGUCCAGGCCUCAUGUGGCUGUAUAUGGGACUCUUCUAGGUGCUUGUAGGAACCACAGAAACUUGGAGGUGGCUGAAUUUGCUGCUACCAACUUGCGUGCUCUUGAUCCAAAUAAUGCAGCUGGUUAUGUUCAGCUUGCAAAUAUAUAUGCUGCUUAUAAUUGUUGGGAGCAAGUAUCUAGAACAAGAAAGUUGAUGAAGGAAAAUAGAGUUGUCAAGACCCCAGGAUAUAGCUGGAUGGAGAUAGAAAAUACAGUUCAUGAGUUCCUGUCUGGAGAUAGGAUGCACCCUGAACUGAAAAGCAUACAUGAAAAGUUAAGUGAGCUGGAGAAGAAAAUGAAGUUGGCGGGGUAUGUCCCUCAUCUCAACUCUGAUUUGCAUAACGUGGGAGAGCAUCAGAAGAAGCAACUACUUCUAUGGCAUAGUGAGAAAUUGGCCAUCGCAUAUGGUCUCAUGAGGUUGCCGGCAGGUACACCAAUCAGGAUAUUCAAGAAUCUUAGAGUGUGCCAUGACUGUCACCAAGCUACAAAAAUUAUAUCAGCUAUUGAAGAAAGGGAGAUUAUUGUCAGAGAUAAGUCGAGGUUUCACCAUUUCAAGAAUGGAUUAUGCUCUUGUGGUGAUUAUUGGUAG